AUGCUGACUAAAAGCGAGGGACGUCUUGGGACUGACGAGAUGGUGCCUUUACACGCUUGCCUUGCACAGUUUGACCUUUGGAUUGCCGCCCUGCAUGACGAUACUCACGAUUGGUCGCAGACAUCACGCUCACAUUGUACCAGCGCCAUACUUUCCGUCCCAGCUUUGCUAUCUCUCAUUCUUUCCAAUAGCAGAACUAGCACAAUUUUAAAGGACAAAGAGCAAAGCAAUCUGGACCCGGUUCUAAAGCUAACCAAUGUUUGCUACGCUGGCAAUACUAUUUCAAACAAGAAAACGCUCACCACGAGCUUGACUGCUGCCGUGGGUGUUGGUGGCUCCUCUGUUUUGGUUGCCAUUGCAGGAUUGGGCUACACCUCGGCCGGUAUUACCGCCGGCAGUUGGGCUGCUUGGAUCAUGUCGGCUGAGGCUGGCAUGGCUGGUGGCGGCGUAGCUACCGGGGGUCUGAGCGCCACUCUACAGAGCGCAGGAGCAGUUGGCCUCAUGGGAGCCGGCUUGGGCCUCACUACAUGUCUCUUUGCGGUAGGAGCUGUAGUGGGUGGUACCGCGGCGAUGUAUACCGUACGACACAACCGGAUGAAUGCAAUUCGACUCGGUACAAUUGCUACAUUGGAUCAGGGCCUCGCAGUAUUCGCCCAUGGGAAUGUCGUUGCGUUGGUGUCGUCCAAGCAUAACCGCAUUUUGAGAUCCGUGUUGGGGAAAGAAAUUGUGCGCUUUAGCCUGUCUGCGAGGCGUUUUAUACGCGUGGUGGAUGAGAACGGUCUUUCGUUGAGUGGAUUGGAGCGAGCCUCGAAUCUGGAACCGACGGGAGGAGAGAUCUUCACCAUUCAAAAAGGCAUCAAUGGCAAUGUUUCCUUCUUUUCACAAAUGACGGGAAGCUUCGUCAGUAUCAAUCAGAAGGGUGUUGUUUCCGCUUUGGCUACUGAGGCUGGAGAAUCCGAGCACUUCAAGGUAUUGGUCUUGAUUUAG